GCCGCAAUAGUAUUGAGCUGUAGGCAGUAAGACUUUAGAUACAAGUCAGUGCCAUUAGUGAAGCUCAAAAGAUGUACAUUCAGUAAAAACAAAUUUAUAUAUUUUUUUAAAGUAUAGAAUAUGGCGUGAGUUUUGCACACUGUCAUGCCAUUUAUAAUAUGAGAUUGCUAAGCUGCGAGUAUAAUGGCUAAGAUGGUCGUCUUCAGGCCAGCCGGUUUCUCCAGCGAUGAAGAUGAAGAAGGACUUUCGUUUCCUGAUCCAGUCAAACAUCCUGGAACCAGGGAAGAGAUUCAAACCCCAGUUAGGUUACAAACACCUGUCAAUGACAAAGACUUGCUUCGUAUAGCAGCACUGGACGGUAAUAUACAAGUUCUGAUGUCGUUAAUUGAAGAGAAACAUUUGCCUGUUGAUGUUUAUAUACAUGGAUGGACACCUCUAAUGUUUGCUGCUUCAAAUUGUCAGUAUGACGCAAUAGAAUUCUUGAUGAAAAAAGGGGCAAACCCAAAUUCCCACCAGCAAGGCUACAGCGUAUUGAUGAGCGCAUGCGCCUGUAUGAGACAGACUCAGGACGUACAACUGAAGUGCAUUAAACUUCUAUUGGAUUCUGGGGCCAACGUAAAUAUGAGGCAACACAAUGGCAUGACACCAUUAAUGAUAGCAUGCAAACAAGGAAGCGAGAAAAUUGUGGAAGAACUGAUAAAGAGAAAUGCAGACAUCAAUGCUCAAGAUGUCUUGGGUUAUACACCACUGAUAUGGAGUGUUCGUCACAGUGAGUGUGUAGAGAUGAAAAUAAUACUACUACUCUUGAAUGCCGGAGCAGAUGCGACCAUUAAAUGUUUUAGAGGUCUGACGGCACACGUUCAUGCCUUGGAUUUGGGACACGAUCAUAUUGCGGCUCAGAUCCCUACUGGUGAAACUGAUGUUCCAGCAUCCUUCAAGACGAAGCAAGCUCUUACAGAACUUGAUUCAUGGGAAUACCUGAGAGAUAAUCUGUGCGGUAUUAACGGGAAGAAAUGGAUUUUAUGGCAAGAUGCAGCCCGCAGUUUGAAUCACCUGGGGAUGUUUCAUAGGUAUGGCCAUAGUUUCAAGGAAAGUGAAAUGGACAUUGUAAAAUUCUUGACGCUCACUGAAGAUGAAUUAGAGGCUCUUUCUGUUAUUCCUGUCCACAGGAAACGUUUUCUUGACAUGACACGUAAACUACAUCUAAAGCGAUGGAGAGAAAAGUCCCUUGAUAUGAGAACGAUUAAAAACAUGCAGAAUUCAUGCAACAUGGUAGAUGAAAUAAAGUUAUUUGCCAAUAUAGCACGACAGAUUACUAUGGUACGUGCGUCCAUUGCAUAUAUCAGAAUACAUAUGACACCCAGCUAUGAAAGUGAGUCAGAUUUCAAAGUUGAGGACCUGAAUUUAAAGAUCGAAUCUACACUCAUCAAAACUAAGGCUCUUCAUAAGGAAUUACAAUCUUACAUGCAUUACAUUUCCUCUAAGUUCAGUGAUCACAAGUAUCCUCCUGAAUGGAUUGGACCCGACAAAAGCGAAAAUAAGUUAUAUCGUCCGUUCAUCGUGAUUGGUGUAGCAGUGAGUGUUAUUGGAAUCAUCUUGUGGAAGACACGUACUUAUCUCCCAUUUCACACAAAUGUUUCUGAGCUAUAACAAGGAGAGAUUUGAAAAUACGUGUAUUUCUUGACUUUUAUAUUUUAGAAUGAAGAAAGAGUUGCGUAAUUUAUGAAUUUCUGAGAAAAUAAAUUGUCGCAGAUGAG